GGCCGCAGCCUCGCCGCCGCCCGCGGGCCCGUCCGCCGCCGGGGCCCGGCCCGUCCCCGCAGCCGCCCGGCCAUGUGACCGCGCCGCCGCCCUCCGCCCGCCCGCCCGCCGCGCGCCCGCGGCUCGGCCGCAGCCUAGGCCGCCGAGGGAGCGGGGGGCCGGCGCCAUGGCCGAGCGGGGCCGCUUCGGCCUCCCCGGCGCGCCCGGCGCGCUCAACACGCCGGUGCCCAUGAACCUGUUCGCCACCUGGGAGGUGGACGGCUCCAGCCCCAACUGCGUGCCCAGGUUGUGCAGCCUGACCCUGAAGAAGCUGGUGGUCCUCCAGGAGCUGGAGAAGGAGCGUAUCUCCGUGGUGAUCGCUGUGAAGAUGCAGGGCUCCAAGCGGGUGCUGCGGUCUCACGAGAUUGUGCUGCCCCCCAGUGGACAAGUGGAGACCGACCUGGCCCUGACCUUCUCCCUGCAGUACCCGCACUUCCUGAAGAGAGAGGGCAACAAGCUCCAGGUGCUGCUGCAGCGCAGAAAGCGCUACAAGAACCGCACCAUCCUGGGCUACAAGACGCUGGCCGCUGGCUCCAUCAACAUGGCCGAGGUGAUGCAACUGCCCUCGGAGGGCGGCCAGGUGCUCAGCCUCUGCAGCAGCGUCAAAGAGGCCCUGGGCAAGGUGGCCGAGGUCUGGAUUGUGUCCCUGUGCAGCCAGCCCGUCGACUACGAGGACAGUGCCAUGCAGGCCGGCCCCAAGGCCAAGUCCACAGACAACUACUCUGAGGAAGAGGAUGACAGCUUUUCCUCGGAGCAGGAGGCCAGUGACGAUGCUGUGCAGGGCCAGGACUUGGAUGAGGAUGACUUCGACGUGGGCAAACCUAAACCGCCGCGGCGGACAGCAGUGAGAACAGCAUCCAUGACCAGGCAGCAGAACUUCAAGCAGAAGGUGGUGGCGCUGCUGCGAAGGUUUAAAGUCUCUGAUGAGGUCCUGGACUCUGAGCAGGACCCCACAGAACAUGUCCCCGAGGGGGAGGAAGACUUGGACCUUCUGUAUGACACGCUGGACAUGGAGAACCCCAGCGACAGUGGCCCCGACAUGGAGGAUGAUGACAGUGUCCUUAGCACCCCCAAGCCGAAGCUCAGGCCGUACUUCGAGGGCAUGUCGCACUCCAGCUCGCAGACCGAGGUGGGCAGCAUCCACAGUGGCAGGAGUCACAAGGAGCCCCCCAGCCCGCCCUCGUUGGCUGGGCCUGAGUCCUGUCACACACCCCAGGUUGACGUGCCUGAGAAGAGCCGCUCCCCAGGAGGCAAGCAACCCAGUGAAGGUGUCCCUGACCCCACGGGUCUUGGCAUGCCGGACCCUCAGGAGCAGCCGGGGCAGACGGAGCACAGCCCCGAGCCCGAGACACCAACCCUAGAUGUCUUCACGGAGAAGCUGCCACCCACCGGGAGGAUCACCAAGACCGAGUCACUGGUCAUCCCCUCCACCAGGUCGGAAGUGAAACACGCGGGCCGCCGGGGCAGGAGCACGUCAUUGAAGGAGCGACAGCCAGUACGGCCGCAGAGCGAGCGGGCCAACAGCCUGGACAGUGAACGCUGCCCAGACACGCGGAGCCAGCUGCAGAUCCCCAGGAAGACCGUGUAUGACCAGCUGAACCAUAUUCUGGUAUCUGACGACCAGCUCCCGGAGAGCAUCAUCCUGGUCAACACCUCCGACUGGCAGGGGCAGUUCCUGUCAGACGUGCUGCGGGGGCAUACGCUGCCCGUGGUGUGCACCUGUUCUGCCGCAGAUGUGCAGGCUGCCUUCAGCACCAUUGUCUCACGGAUCCAGCGAUACUGCAACUGCAACUCGCAGCCCCCGACGCCUGUCAAGAUUGCAGUGGCGGGCGCGCAGCACUACCUCAGCGCUGUCCUGCGGCUCUUUGUGGAGCAGCUGACCCAUAAGACGCCCGACUGGCUGGGCUACAUGCGUUUCCUGGUCAUCCCCCUGGGCUCCCACCCUGUGGCCAGGUACCUAGGCUCUGUUGACCACCGCUACAACAACUUCUUCCAGGACCUGGCCUGGAGGGACCUGUUCAGCAAGCUGGAGGCCCAGGGUGCUGUGCAGGACACUCUAGACAUCGUGUCGCGCAUCACGCAGUACAUCUCUGGGGCCAACUGCGCUCACCAGCUGCCCAUCGCGGAGGCCAUGCUGACCUACAAGCAGAAGAGCCCAGAUGAAGAGUCCUCCCAAAGGUUCAUUCCCUUUGUUGGGGUCGUGAAGGUUGGCAUAGUAGAGCCGUCCUCCGCCACCUCAGGCGACUCAGAUGAUGCAGCCCCCUCGGGCUCCGGCGCCCUGUCCUCAACCCCGCCGUCCACCUCUCCUGCUGCCAAGGAGGCCUCCCCAACGCCCCCCUCCUCCCCGUCGGUGAGCGGGGGCCUGUCAUCUUCCAGCCAGGGCCUCGGCGCUGAGCUGAUGGGGCUGCAGGUGGACUACUGGACAGCAGCCCAGCCCGCAGACAGGAAGAGAGAUGCCGAGAAGAAGGACCUGCCUGCCGCCAAAAGCACGCUCAAGUGCACCUUCCGGUCCCUGCAGGUCAGCAGGCUGCCCAGCAGCGGAGAGGCCGCAGCCACGCCCACUAUGUCCAUGACUGUGGUCACCAAGGAGAAGAACAAGAAGGUGAUGUUCUUGCCCAAGAAGACAAAGGACAAAGACUUGGAGUCCAAGAGCCAGUGCAUUGAGGGCAUCAGCCGGCUCAUCUGCACAGCCAAGCACCAGCAGAACAUGCUGCGGGUGCUCAUCGACGGCGUAGAGUGCACCGAUGUCAAGUUCUUCCAGCUGGCUGCCCAGUGGUCUUCCCACGUGAAGCACUUCCCCAUCUGCAUCUUCGGACACUCCAAGGCCCCCUUCUAGCCCCACCCACCUGCUAGCCCCACCCCU